CCGGGUCAUCUGGCGUUGGAUCGUCUGGCUCGACAGCGGGCAUCGGGUCACCAGGCAUGACAGCGGGCACUGGGUCACCAGGCAUUGGAUCAUCUGGCCCGGCAGCGGGCAUCGGGUCACCAGGCAUGACAGCGGGCACUGGGUCAUCAGGCAUUGGAUCGUCUGGCUCGACAGCGGGCAUCGGGUCACCAGGCAUGACAGCGGGCACCGGGUCAUCAGGUACCGGAUCGUCUGGAUCGACAGCGGGCACCGGGUCAUCUGGCGUUGGAUCGUCUGGCUCGACAGCGGGCAUCGGGUCACCAGGCAUGACAGCGGGCACUGGGUCAUCAGGUACCGGAUCGUCUGGAUCGACAGCGGGCAUCGAGUCAACUGGCCUAAUAGGAUCAUCAGGCUGGAUCAGUUCAUCAGGCUGGGUAGAGACAUCAGGCUGAAUGGAGGCAUCAGGCUGAAUAGAGGCAUCAGGCUGAAUGGAGGCAUCGGGCUGAAUGGAGGCAUCAGGUUGGGUAGAGGCAUCAGGCUGGGUAAAGACAUCAGGCUGAAUUGUGUGGGCGCCGAGGCACCAGGCUGCACCACGGAAGACAGGUUCUCAGA